AUGAGCAGCACGGCGCUGGGCCAACCGGCCGCGGAGCCCAAGAACACCAUGUCCGGCCCCAGGGUCCAGACGCAGCUGCAGGCGACCAGAGCUCGGCUCGCCACGCGUGACCUCCGAAUCGCGCACUCGGCCAUGUGUGUUCGUUUCGCGGUGGCGGAUCACCUGGACCACAACGUGCUGCUGUGCCCGGCGGCCGUGGCGGCCUCCCUGUUGGCGUCGCAGGCAUGCGCCGUGGGCGAUACGCACCAGCAGCUGGUCGAGCUGCUGGUCAAGGCGGGGGGCAAGCUCGAGCACCUGCAGGAGGCCACGCUGAACGCGCUGGAAGCGAUCGAGGGGGACACGGCCAACGCAGAGGCCGCCCUCGCCUACAGGAUGUUCGUGAGCCGAAACCUCGAGGUGAGCGAAGAUUGCGAGCAGCAGCUCAAGUCGCAGCUGCGCUGCGCCGUCGACCGGGUGUCCUUCCACGCGAGCUCUCCCGAAGAGGUCGCGGAAGAAGUGAACGGUGCCUUCGCCGACGGAAACCCGCUCAUCGGAGAGGUCCUGGCGCCGGACGCCGUGGACCCGGCCGCCAAGAUGGUCGUGGCCUCAGCCUUCCACUACAGGGGCCUUCUCGAGCCACCGUUCACGCGCAACCCGGCAAAACGCCGCUUCAGGCUCAGACAGGACACCUACGAGAUCCUGGAGUUCGAGCGAAGCGCGGGCCGCUUCAUGCACGCCGAGAUCGAAGAUCCCGUGGCGACCAAGGUGCUCGAGCUGCCUUACCGCGGAGGCACCGCCUCGCUCCUGCUCCUGCUACCGGACAGGUCUCGGCGUCUCAACGACUUGCGUGCAAAGCUCACGCCGGCGUUCCUCGCCAAGCUGUCCGGCUGCCUGAAGCCCAGGGACGUGCGCGUAGAGAUGCCCCUCGUCAGGAUCGAAACCAGGUACUCGCUGAACAGGACGCUGAUCCAUGCCGGCGUCAAGCAGGCGUUCAUGCCUAGCGCCGCGUUCACCAACCUGGUGCCCGCGGCAGAAGUGCGCCUGGGCGACCUUCUGCACAAGGCGACGCUGGUGCUGGACGAAGGCGGGCCCGCGCCCACGCUGCCCUACGACAAGCUCAGCAAGGAAGAGAAGCUGCGGGUGUCCAUUCUACCGUCCGUCAGGCCGGCCGAUGUCCAGUUCGAACUGAUACGCCCGUUCAUCUUCGUGUUGCGAAAGACCGACGACGGCUGCAUCCUGCUCGUCGGCGUCGUCAAGGACCUCAAGAUGCUGCAGUAGUAUACACCUCCGUGGGCUUUGGGGGCUUGGCCGACGACCUUUUUCUCUCUC